AUGUGCAUAUCGGCAGUUGUAAAUGCACAGUACGGUGAGAUUCGAGAGUUGGUUCAGCACACUCCGAAACGUGACAAACAAUCCGAAAGGAAGCCGGGGAAAGUCGUCCUGCAACCUUGCCAGCCGCCGCCGCCAUUGCUUCUCAAUCACGGUGCAACGACUGGUGGUGGUGGGCAGCACGCGUUUGCGCUGAACUCUCAAUCGGCCGCAUUGUCGAUGGACUACAGUUCCUCAUACACCGGGGCUCCGCAGCAGUCACAGCCGCCGACGCAGCACACAUUCGAGCGUAUUCAGUUCCAGAAGGCGACAGCGAACAACGGCAAGCGCCGGGCGCAGCAGCAGUACUACAACUUGGUUGUCGAGCUCUAUGCGGAGAUUACGAAUCCUAACAACGGGAGUGAGACGCAGUGGAUGAAGGUCGCUAGAAAACUUUCACAUCCCAUGGUGGUCCGGGGUCGUUCUCCAGGUCAUUACAAGGACGGUCGACGGGAUAGUUCGACGAGCAUGGGUCCGGACGGCGGUAAUGGCGGUUAUGGCGAUAGCAGUGUGCCUGCAGGUCUGUUACCAGGGGCGCGAUCGCAUCUGAUGAUGUCGUUCGAUCCGUCUUCACGCGGAGGGUCUCAUUACGGUCGAGCGGAGUAUCAACACAUGGCGGAGCCAUCCCCAUUGAGUGAUAGUCCGCACAUCUCGUCAUCCUCGUCGUCUGCAUUUGAUAUAGGGAUUCUAAAUGAUCCCAUGGAUCCGCUAGGCACCAUCAAAAGCCCGUCAAGCAUGGACGGGUACGCCGACGGUGGUUUCGGUCUCCUUGACCGUAAACCCGACAACCAUUUCCGCACGCAUUUACCGCCGUUUGAGUAUGAUACACUGUCUAGGGGAAGUGAGGAGUCCGGCAACAGCUAUCCCGAGUCGUUUGACUCGAUGACGUCAAUAUUCACGAGCGAAGCCAGUGAAACCUCGCAUUUUCUGAAACAUCCCACUCGCCUGACGCCGCAGCUUCAACAUAUCCCUACAUCCAGGGGCUAUGACCCCCUCGUCCCCUCUCGUUCAAACAAUGACACUCCUUAUUGCCGAUUUUCGAACUCGCAGAGUCUGCGUGCUUAG